CACAAGGCGACCCAUAUGGACCCGACGUCCAAGUCUGGGUUGAAUCAGGUGUCAGAUGUGGUGUUUGUCAUAGAGGGAACUGCAAACCUUGGUCCAUAUUUUGAAUCACUUCGGAAGAAUUACAUACUACCGACUAUAGAGUAUUUUAAUGGAGGACCACCUGCUGAAACAGAUUUUGGAGGAGAUUAUGGUGGCACUCAAUAUGGACUUGUGGUCUUCAACACAGUGGAUUGUGCUCCAGAAUCUUACGUCCAGUGCCAUGCUCCCACCAGCUCUGCUUUUGAGUUUGUCUCUUGGAUUGACAGCAUUCAAUUCAUGGGAGGCGGAGCAGAGAGCUGCAGUCUCAUAGCUGAGGGUCUUUCCGUGGCCCUGCAGCUCUUUGACGACUUCAAAAAGAUGAGGGAGCAAAUUGGUCAGACCCACAAAGUUUGCGUGUUGCUGUGUAAUUCUCCUCCGUACUUACUACCAGCUGUGGAGAGCGUCAGCUAUACGGGCUGCACCGCAGACAGCCUGGUCCAGAUCAUACGUGAUCGGGGGAUCCAUUUUUCUGUAAUCGCUCCACGGAAACUUCCAGCGCUUCGAUCUCUUUAUGAAAGAGCAUCCUCUGUAGCAGGUGCACCAGAAUCCUCACACCCAGACUACAGUCAAGACCCCUUUCACAUGGUGUUAGUCAGGGGCAUUGCACUUCCUGUAGCUCCUGGAGGAGGUUCUGGUACAGUCUCCCUUAAACCUGUCUUGCCACCUCAGCCUUUGCCAGUGUCCCAGUCUAUGGGCUCAGUAACCCAGACUCCUCCUCCUCCCCUUCCAUACCAGAAGCCCUCUCUGAACGCGGCCCAUGAUGCAGCACAGAAGGUGCUAGAUGCAGCCACUCAGCAGCAGAAGAGCCGAUUUCCUCAAAUGCAAAAUACUCCCUUCAGCCAAUCACUCACAUCAGGAGAGGUUCCAGCUAAUAUUCUUAAAAUGGUCUGUUUGCUCAUUAGUUGUACUUUUUUGAUUGACAUAAUAACGUUGCAGCUUUUCCAUAGUCAGUGCGAUCUCUCUUGUUCUGGAAGUUGCACACACAGGUUGUAUAUUUCUCUGAGACCUCCUGCCUUAAGUCCUACCAUCUAUCUCUGCCAGCAAGGUCUUUUUACUCUGUAUGUUAACCUCUUCAUCUUAUUCUGUCUCUCCUUUUUUCCCUCCCCUUGUCACCUCUCCCUCUGUCUCCAUCAAUCACCGCAGAAGCCCAAGGCUUCCUCCAUGGACUCCAACACAAAACUUACGCGCUCCCUGCCCUGCCAGGUCCAGGUCAGCCAAGGGGAAAAUCUAAAUACAGACCAGUGGCCACAGAAGCUGAUCAUGCAGCUCAUCCCUCAGCAGCUCCUGACUACUCUGGGCCCUCUGUUCAGAAACUCUCGUAUGGUGCAGUUUCUGUUUACUAAUAAAGAUAUGGAGUCUUUGAAGGGACUGUAUCGCAUCAUGACCAAUGGAUUUGCUGGUUGUGUGCACUUCCCCCACAGUGCUCCGUGUGAGGUGCGUGUGCUGAUGCUGCUGUACUCGUCUAGGAAGAGGAUCUUCAUGGGACUCAUCCCUAAUGACCAGAGCGGAUUCGUCAAUGGCAUUCGGCAGGUCAUCACUAACCACAAACAAGUGCAGCAGCAACGCUCGAUGAACAAUGUUGUUCAGAUGCAACCUGGACAGGUCCCACCCAAUCAGAACUUCCUCAACAGACCGCCGGGCCCCAUCCCCGUUACGCAUGGCAACGUGCAACAGCAGUCUGUGGUGGUGGGCUUGCCCUCCGUCAGUCAGGUCAUACUGAUGGAGGACCAGCAGAGACAGAACAACAUGCUGAGAGCAGUCAUAACAGGUAAUCAGCAGCCGCCGGUCACAGGUGCUCCGCCCAAUCAGGUGGCCCAAGCUCAAGCCCAGCCUCCUGGUGGCAUGCUGCGCCUCCCAAACCCAGGCGCAAACCCCCAACUCCGCAGUCUCCUCCUCAGCCAACAACCUCAGGGUGGGAUGCAGGGCAUGCAGGGAAUGCAUGCCAUCCAGCAGAUGGUCCAUCCUGCACCAGGAGGGGGCGCUCAGAUGCUGCCUCAGUGGAGGCAGCCUCACCAAGGUCCGCUGAUGAUUCCUACAGGUCCACGGGGUACAGUCGCACAGAAUCCUGGGAUGCCUCCGGUGUCAAGCAUUAUGGAGGAUGAAAUUCUUAUGGACCUUAUCUAAGGACUGCUUUACCCAUCAAUCUUUGCUUCAGAGGUUUCAUUACAGAAUACAGGAGUCAUCUAAGCUCUGUUCUUUUUACUUUUUGUUAGAAGCAGGUGCAUAGGGGAAGGUUAGAGGUGUUUAGAGUGAGAUCAAGAGUUUAUUUUCAUACUUGCAUAUUUGUUGAUGCGUUUACACACAAACCUAUCACCGUAUCAUGAGAGCGGUAACUUGAUUGUACAUACAGACGGACCGAAGAGCAAGGCGUUUCAUCACUCUACACCUCUCGCCUCAAGAUUAAUCAAACAAAUCCGGUUACUAUUAUAUUUUUAUGAAAGUUUUACUUUCUAUCGCUUUUACUUUUUC